AUUUUAGAUAGUUGAUCUAGGGAAUUGUCUCGAGUAUCAUGCGCGCCUCUAUGCAAAUUGGGGAAAAAUCCCACCUCAAAUUUGAUUCUGAAAGAUUUAUAGGCAUCUAGGCUAGAUAUAUUCUAUUCUUGUCCGUCAAUCUCCGCAAGCUUGCUAGAUCAAGCGCGCUGAUCUAGAUUCAUUAUAUUAUAUUUAUUUGGCUUGCAUGCACUGAGGUGGUAAAUAGUUUUGACGCCUCGGCUUGCACCCAUUUAAUAAUACACUUUGUGUCGUAUUUGAAGCUUCUAAAUUAGGCUAAAUAGCCUACGUGAAGCCUACCAUUAAUUAUAUUUUUUGUCUUUAAUUUUUGAUUGAUAAUACAUGUACAUGCAUCACAGAAUUCUACACUUAGUGUACUAAGUGUAGAAUUCUGUGACAUGCAUGUAUUUUAAAAAAUGUGUCCGACUUAAAUCAAAACCAUUCACCUGCAACGGAAUUAACUGAUUGGCAAUUAAAUUUUGAGGAAGAAAUAAUUAUUAAAUCUCCGCGAAAUAGUUAUCCUUUUAUUCUGAUUAUCCAAGGUUUUCGUAACCGGUAAUUUACUUAACCUGCUUAAAAAAAAUAAUAAUUUAAAAACCAACGAUAGCUCCAAAAUAAGAAGGAAAAUACGACUAUAGAUCUCUACGACGCAGAAAAUCACAUUGAUAAUUGAUAGGCCUACACAAACAUUCUCGGAUCUUUUAUUAGAUCGUGAGUCAUGCCCUCAAAAAGAUCCAAUAGAAUCUUUGAAAAUAACAAUAAUAAAUAAACAAGGCAGACUACGACUGCUCUUGUUAGGCCGGUUAACUUGGGCCUACAUUGGUGUGGGCCCUUUUUACAUUGCUUUAACUGCAAUACCAGGCCAGGCCAAAGCCUCAUGUUUAUAUUGUGGUGACCUUUGACCUCAAAUCUCAAGCUCGGUCGGUGCUCGCUCAGUAGAAUCAGAGACACUCAAAUAUAGUAGAAUUCUAGGGCCUAGAUAGAUUCUAGGCUACUAUCAAGGUUUAGAUCUAAAUCUAGAUCAUAGAGUGAUCUAGAUAGAUCUGUCAAGCCAAGCGGAGCGGUGCGGGAAGAAGGAGAACAGAGUAAAGAAGAGAGCCGGAGACAUUCAUUGACUUGAAUUAAUCGAAUGGAUUUUGGGGCCUCUCAAAUAUCAAUAUCAUGUUGAUAAAAGAUCAUUAUAAUGCUUACUGACACUGUCGACUUAAUCUGUCAAGCAUGAAUUUCAUUGUGCUACUGUCAUGGAAAUCGUGAGGGAACUGUUAUCAAUCAGUCCGCCCCUGUUGAUACUCCAGCCUCCAGCCAUGGUUUUUCGAGCAGGAUAUGGAGCUUUGUGUUUGUUAUUGUCGGUGGUGUACGCAUUUGCUCAAAAUGAUGCAUUUCAUGGGUACCAAGUGCUAUCAGUGAAUCCCAGACACAGUGGUGACGUCAGACUGCUCCAGGACCUGGAAGAAAAAUAUCCAGUUAUUGACUUCUGGUCAGAGCCAUGGCCUGGGCAGAAUGCCAGUGUCCUUCUACCUCCUGACUUGAGUCCAGUCUUCAAGCAACAAGUCCAGCGUGUUGGAAUGUCCGCCAUGCUCAUCUCUAACGACGUCAACAAACUGGCGAGAGAGAGCAGCAAGAGGACACCCUCACAUGUCGUAAGGAGGAGGAAAGCAGCCGCAGGCCAUGUCGUAGACCACCACAACUACCACAACUAUAAAGAGUAUAAAACCUACUUGGACACGCUGAGACAAGCUUACCCAGCAAAUAUGGAAAUGUCUACUUUACCGAGAAAAACUGUGGAGGGAAGAGAAAUGCCGGUGGUUAAGUUGUCUGGACAAAAUUCGAAAGAAGCCAAGUCGGUGGUCAUUGUGGAGUCUGGGAUCCAUGCACGAGAGUGGAUUGCUCCAGCUACUGCUCUCUUCCUCAUGGAGAAGAUGCUCCAAGAACACAGACAAGGCAUUAACCCUGCCAAAAUGAUGCUGGACCAGUUUGAUUGGUACUUCAUUCCUUUGGCGAAUCCAGAUGGAUAUGAAUUCUCCCAUUCUUCAUCGGAUGGUCGUUACUGGAGGAAGAACAGAAACCCACAGACUGACCCUUGUGUUGGAGUUGAUUUGAACAGGAAUUUCGACGUUGCUUUUGGAACCUCAACUCGGCGGAACUGGUGCGACAGCGGCUCCUACCCGGGCAAGAAAGCGUUCAGCGAGCAGGAGUCGAAGAACAUCAGAGACCUGUUUGAGGAGCUGCAGGAGAGAGUGAUAGCUUUCGUCUCGCUGCACUCGAAGGGACAGUUUCUGAUAAUACCUUGGGCAUAUACGUCGUCAAAGAAACCUGAUAAUAUUGAUGAGCUGAAUCGUGUGGGCUCAGACAUGAUGGCGGCUGUCCGAGAACGUCAUCGCACAGACUACACGUACGGCACCGCCUAUUCCUUGCUGCAUUAUUCAGCAACUGGCACCUCGCUGGACUGGACUCUGCAGCAAAAGCCCGGGAUCUACGUCUAUAACUUUGAGCUGCGACCGAAAAGAAACGACCCGCGUGCCUACAUGCUUCCUGCAGAGGAAAUCGUGCCUACGGGAGAGGAGGUCUACGCAAGUGUUGGAGCUAUGGCCCAGAGCAUUAAGAAUCCAUUAUUUUCUGUGGCAGAAGGGAUGAGAGGAAAUGUUAACUACACCUCAUAUAUUAACAACAGAGAAGGUCCUGGAAAUCUCGGGGGGAAAUCACAAUCAGAUAAUAUUGUGUUGAUUUUAUGUUUUGUGUUGGCUGGACUGAUCCGUCAAUGGCACCCUUUUAGAUUUUUCUAAAGUGUUCUUCGUCAUAAUUUAUUAACUGUUGUAAGUUUGUUUUUUAUGGUGUGGUAUGAUGUCGGUCAUGAUGCGGUGUAAUCAGGUGCUCAUCAGUUUUGGGCCAUAUGGAGUUAUUGGUAUCAUCUUAAAGUUUGUUCAUUUGUCGUGCUUUCGAUAAAGAAAAAAAA